AUGGUCGAGGCCAGCUCAACGGCGGACCGCUUAGCGGAACAAAACCGUCUCCUAGAUCUGAAGAGGUACUUGAGAGAACUUGCGGGGACACACGCCCUUCCCAGUAUACUCACAGAGCACUUGUCCGACAAAGAUGACUCCGAGACGACGUUCAAGACGACCGACUUGCUCGUCAAAGACUUUGUCGCGAGGUUGUCUGGGGAAUUUUCCUCCAAAGACAAGAGUCUGCGCGAAACGAGACUCCAGCUCGAGACAACGAGAUCAGCACAAGCGAAUUUCGAGAAGGAGAAGAAGGCCUUGGAAGAUGUCAUCCAGGAGAAAGACGCCAGAAUGGGAGAGCUCUCUUCCGCCGAGCAAGCCAGACAAGCGUGCGAGUCCAGAUAUCAGGAUCUUGAGGAACGGCUCACUAGCCUCACCGCUGAGCGCGAUGCGGCAACUUCGGAACUGCGAGAGACUCAAACGAAGCUUCGGGCGGCGGUCAGCGAGUACAACGAGAAAGAAAUCGCAAUGCAGCAGCUCGGCUAUGCUUUGGAAGAGGCUCAGAGGCGCAACCAGCAGAUCGCCCCUCCUGUCGACACGAAAGCCAUGAAGCUCACGAUAUCCGACCUACACGAGGAGUUGAAAGGCGUAAAGGCCGACAAGGCGAACCUCGAGAGGCAGUAUGAGAGAGCAACGGAGGCCCACAAGCAGAAGGAUGACGAGAGAUCAAAGCAGUUGGAACACCAAGACGUGUUUGUGAAGAAUUUGCAAGACAAGAACGAAAAAUACGAGGAAAUGGUCCAGCGUCUCCGACACGAGAAGGACGAGCAGCUGAGGAAAGCCGCGAGGGCCGAGGCGGAGCGGGCGCCCACCACUUUUAGGGUCGACAACGAGAUCCUGACGCUGGAGGAGUACGAGAAGCGUCUCGACAACGCGAGGGGCGACAUUGCAGACCUGCAAGAACGGCUGGAUCAGGCGGAGAAUGACCGCGAGACGGUGAUCCAGGAGGAACUCACAGUGGACGAUGUUCGGAGCAUGUUCAAGGAUGCUAUUGUCCCCAUCUACAGCGUGGCCGCGGAGGAACAAGCUUUCAAUCUCUUCAGCAUCUGGAACGACGAAGAAGGCGGCCUCAUGUCCCUGGUGGGCAAAGAUGGCUAUCACGAAUAUCUCCGCGUGGCUGUAGAGCCAGACCGUCUGCCAUCCGAAGCGUCAUCUCCUGGGCUCGUUGGGGAGAGGCUCAACACGAUAGACCUCGACUCCCAGGGGUCGGAGCCGGCGAGCCCACCAGCAGCAGGACAAAGCCUCAAGAAUGAACUCGAGGAUUGCAGCAGGGAGUCUUCCUUGGCCCCCGAAGAUAUCCGGACGGGCGAGGGAGACAUUUCCGCCAAACUCCGCGAGGAGCUGGCCGAAACCCAAGAUCAGCGCGCGAAGGCGCGCGAGAGAAUUGAGGAGUUGGAGAGCGAGACGAAGAAGCAACAGAGCGAUAUUGACAGGCUUCAAGGGGAGAUCCGGAAAAUGGAGGAGACAACCGUCAGCACCGAAGACUUGAGCAAAGAAACUGAGGCGCUGGAGAAGAAGGGUCGAGAGCUGGCCGGGUGCGAAGCCCAGCGCGUGAAAGCAUACGAGAGAAUCGAGGAACUCGAAAACGAAGCGAAGAAGCAAAAAAAUGAGAUCGACAGGCUUCAAAGCCAGAUCCAUCCACUGGAAAAGAUCGCCUCGAGCAACGGAGAAUUGAGCAAGGAGGCUGAGGCGUUGAAGAAAAGGGUUCAUGAGCUGGCUGGGUGCGAAGCCCAGAACACGAAGGCGCGCGAGAGAAUCGAGGAACUGGAGAACGAGGCGAAGAAGACACAGAACGAGAUCGGCAGGCUCCAAUAUGGGAUCCGGAAACUAGAAGAGACAGUCGCGAGCACCGGAGACUUGGGCAAGGAAGCCGUGGCGUUGAGGAAGAGGGUUCAAGAGUUGGAACAGUACAUCGCCGAUCACGAAGAAACCGCCAAAACCGACAAGCAGCAGCUUGAGGGGGCAUCGGCGAUCGAAAUGCGAAACAAACAAGCCGAGCUUGACGAGUGCCGGGCUCGCCGAGAGCAGACGGACAAGGAGAUCGAGGAGCUGAAGGCCGAGGCAAAGCGGCGCGAGAAGGAGCUCAAGAAGCUCAAAGACAAGUUCGCGCUCCAGCAAAGGAUGGACGAGAUUCUCAAGAGGCAAAUCGACGCAGCCCAGUCAAAGGCUAGCAGAGCGGAGGCGAAAGCCCAAUGGACCGAUGCUCGCAUCCUGCUGCAGCACCAAAGCGCAGAUGGGGAGGACGCCAACUCCAGCUCGAUCGAAGACAACCCGGAUCAGCAUCUGGAGCUUCUGACGAACUUGUUCAACCGCGUCAACGAUGCCGAAGUUCAGCUGGGCGAAAGCCACCAACAGGUGGAGAGCAUACAGAUCAUAGUUUCUGCUCUCCGGGUGAGGAUCGAAGAGCUCGAGGCGCAACAGGGCCGGCUCCUGCAGGAAAAGGAGCAGCUCCAAGAUGAUCUCAAGGUCUGCGCAGAUUCGGGGCAGGUUAUCGGGGAAGAGAACAUCGCCUUGAGAGAGGAGCUUCGCAGGAAGGAGGAAAAGCUCCAGGAGAAGGAGGUGGAUAUUGAAGAGAUGAGUGCGGACAUUCGAAAGCUGAAGGAGGAGCUCAAAGAGAUGGAGGAGGAACUCAAGGAGAAGCAGAAGGCGCUUGAUGACUGCCACGCUCAUGGCAAGGCACUCAUGGAGCAAGUUGCAGAGUUGGAAAGGCUCCAGGGCGAUGGAACUCAGGAUGACGAGAGCGAGGACGACGAUGACAACGACAACGACAACGACCACGACCACGACGAAAGCCAGAAAAAGAUAACGAGCCUCGAGGAGAAAAUCGCCGAACUGGAGACGAAGGUGAAGGCCGAAGCGUUCAAAGCCCAAAACGAAGCGGCGAGACGCCGUGACGUGGAAGAGAACGGAGUCUGGAAGGGCACCAGCGGCGUUGCAUUAGCGACCAAGCAGACCGAGCUGGACAACUUCAAGAUGGGGCACGACAACAUCGUGAUGAUGUACAAGAAGGAUAUCAAAGCUCUGAAUAAAUCUCUUAGUGAGAACGAGGCCGAGCUAGAACGAACAAAGCUCGAGCAGCAGCAGGCUGUGGACGAGCUCAAGGCCAGGCUCGAGGCCUCGGAAGCGGAGAGUCGCGAUCACGCCGCCCGCUUGGAGAAUACCAAGCUGGAACACCAGAAGGCCACGGAUGAACUCAGGAACAGGCUCAAGGCCGCGGAAGGGAAGAAGUGCAAUCAUGUCGACACCGAUCUGGAAGAGGUUAAGCGCGGGCAUCAACUGAUCGUGGACGAUCUCCAGGCCAAGCUCGAGGCAUCGGAAGGGAAGAGUCGCGAGAAUGACGCCAACUCGGAGAGGAUCAAGAUCGAACACGAACAGGCCAUCAAAGAACUCGAGGCCAGGCUUGCAGUCUCAAACGGGAAGAGGUGCAAUCAUGUCGAUACCGAUCUGGAACAGGUCAAGCGCGAGCAUCAACAGGCCAUGGAUGGCCUUCAGUCCAGACUUGAGGCUGCGGAGAAGGACAGCCUCACAAACCACGCCGAACUGGAGAGGAUCAGAGCCGAGCGCCAACAAACUGUGGAAGGUCUUGAGUCUAGACUUGAGGCUGCAGAGAACACUCGCCGAAGCCACGAUGCCGAGGUGGAAAAGAUCAAGCUCGAGCAUCAACAGUCCGAGAGCGACCUUCAGUCCAAACUCGAGGCGGAGAAGAAUAACAGCCGCACAAAAGACGAUGAGCUGGAAAGGGCCAAGGUCAAACACAAACUCGCCAUGGACGAACUUGAGGCCAGACUCAAGGCCGCGGAUGCAAGGAAUCAAGGCCGUGACGAUUCCGCACUGUAUGAGAUCAAGCUCGAGCACCAAAGAGCUUUGGACGAUCUCGAGUCCAGACAUGAGGCUACGGAGAACAGCAGUCGCAUAGACCAUGACACCGAGUUGGAAAGGAUCAAGACUGAGCACCAGAAAGCCAUGGACGAACUCAAGGCCAAACUCUCGGCUCUCGAGGAUGUGCGAGACGCUCUCAAAGACCCCUGCAAGGACGCCCAGUCAACCGCGGACACAACUCCCACAGAUGCGGCGACGCAGAAGGAAGAGACGGCGAUGCCGACCAACGUUUACCAGUUCAGACCGAGACCGAGAGGAGCGCACUUGGACGCAACGAACAUGGUGCCCUUCAGCACGCGUCCACCUCAGAGAAUGAUCGAUACGGCACUCCUUUCACAGCGGAGAGAGCUGAUGAUGCUCGAGACACUGCAUAGACGUCUUUACGAACAGUUAUUGAGUUCAGGUGCUCCCAAGACAUCCGAAGCCGGGACGGCGGCCCCUCCCGAGACGUCGCCGGCGAGCGCGUCCGAUGACUUGGCGCAGCUGUCUGCCUCGCCGGAUCAGAAGCUCGACACCUCCGGAUCCGAUACCGACAAUCAGCACGCCAUCAGGUUGAAGAACAUCAAGCAAUCCUGUGAGGCGUUUGCAGAGAAAAUCCGGGAGAACGAAGAAUACACGAAGCGCAACGAUGUGAGAUCCACACUCCACAAAGAAAUUCUGGCUCUCAGACAGAGGCUCAGGGACGUCGAGGCCAAGCAAGGCGACGGGGCCAUGGACGAUGUCGACCAGCAGCAGCAGGGAGCGGAUGACAUCGGCGCCAAGGACACGGACAAGCCCGGGAACGAGCACCGAGAGGAGCACGACGGCGCGAGCGAGGACGAGUCGGACGACGACGACCAGGACCCCGGCGACGACACCGUCGCAAUCCUCAAGAGGAUCGCCAAACUGGAACGCAAGAUCGACAAGACGCGGAAGGAUGAGCACGGCCAAGAAGAAGCCGUCCUCGAUCUAAUCGAACGUAUGGGCCAAGGACCUCGACAUUUACACGGGCUCGGCGGCCACCCCUGUGAGCCGUUCUGCAAAAGGAACAGCAUAAUCAAGAAGAAAACGGUUAUGGCUCAAGCAAGCACCAUUUGGAGGCGCCCGGUGCCCCCCCGCCCAAGCGAAUCGGACGAAGACGACGAAGACUACGAGAGCAGCUCGGACGGAGACUCCCACGGGGACGGCGAGCGCGCGCGUCUCAGCCUCGGAGAACAAGAGGCGCUUGUACGCAGCAUCCAGGCCCAGCUGGUCAAGUUCUUCUCGUUCGCGGAGGCCUGCGACGAAGCCUUGGACGACAUCUACCGCGCCGACGAAGACCUGAUGGCCAUCCCCGACCCCGUGCCCGGAGGCCAGGUCCGCAGUCGGAGCCGCGACCGGAGGGCCAUGACCCCCGCGGAACGAGCGGCGAGAGAGGUGGAAGACCGCAACGCCCUGCUCCGCGCGAACGCGUACGACGACCCCGCCAGCGACGCGUCCUCCAUCGCGUCCGACGACGACCUCUACAGCGUCGACGGCGACCCCAACCGCGCCCUGAAGUCCUUCAUCCCGUACACCGUCUUCAACGUCCUGAAGAGCUGGAAGACCGGGACGGAGGGCCUCCUCGAAGGGGCGGACAGGAUCCAGUCCGACGUCGAGGCCCUCAUACACGCGGGCUACAACUUGGGGAGGUACCAGAGCCUGAAGCGCAGGAUACGGCGCCUCAGGAAGAUCGUCGCCGACGCCGCCGCGACGAACGCGCACCUCCGGGCGCAGUUGUCCGAGGGCAUCGCCGCCAGCACGGACGACGACCUCCGAGAGAAGGUGCGGGACCUCAGGCACCAGAACAACACCCUGCGAGAGCAGCUUCGGGUCACCGAGCAGUCAGGGGAGAUUGGAGGAGCGGGAGACAAGCGUCUAGGGCAGCUUCGAAAAGAACUCAUGCAGGAGAAAGCACUGGUCAACGUCGAGCAGACCAGGUACAAUUGGUUGGCCGAGGAGAAGGACGAGCUGGAGGUCAUCAUCGAGAAGCGGGACGAGACCAUCAGGAAACUGGAGGCUUCCCAGGCAAAGGCCAUCCAGGACGGCCUGGACAGGGAGAUGCGCGAGACGCUGUUCGACAACGACGAGCUCAAGAAGGAAGUGGACCAGCUGAAGAGGGAGGUCGGGGGGCUGAAGCAGAGGCUCAGGGACGAAUUCAUGAACAAGACCGUCCAGGUCGAGACCGCCCAGGCCGUCGUCCAGGGGAUGAAAAAGCGGCUCGGCGACGCCCAGAGGCGAUCGGACGUGGCGGAGGACAAGCGCUCCACGCUGAUGACGGACAUUUCACGGGCGCUUGACAUUGACGGGGAGAACGACAGGACGCGGCUGGACAAGACGAGACGACGACUUUCCAACAUCCUCUGUCGGGUGGAGGAGGCGGACGAGGACACCGGGGAGGACAAGCACGAGGGGGACGAGGGGGACAACAAAGCCGUGGACGAUUACAAACCAGUUUCGCGGCGAGAGCGCGAGCUGGUCCGGGAGAUCCUGGACGAAAGGAAGAAGAGGGCGGAGCACCUCGCCGAGGAGAGGAAGCGGUACGAGGGGCGCCUCGGCGAACGGCACGCCGAGUACGAGAAGCAGGUCGAGGACUGGAAGGCCAUGCACGACGCGGCCGAGAAGGCUCGGGGGCUGGCCGAGAGGAACCUGAUGGACACCCUCGACCAGAUGGAAAUCCUGCAGAAAAAGGCCGACUGGCAGGAGGGGAUGCUCACGUCGCUGGACAAGCGGCUCCAGGAGCAGUGCACCAUCACCCAGCAGUUGACCGAGGAGCUGGACGGGACGAACAACCCGGACGGCGAAGACGGCGAGGACGGCCUCGAAGGGGACGAAACGGCGGGCGACCACGAGGUGGGCGGCGUCGAAGUGGGCGGCGGGACCAGCGCCGGGGGCCAAGGCCGCGGACGAACGCCUGGGGAGGAGGGGCCCCGAACGCCUCGCCAGCCACACGAGCAGCCGGGCGGCGCCGCCGGCGGUGAUCCCGGCGACGACGACGACGACGACGACGACGACGAUUCUAGCGACGACUCCAGCGACGGCGAUAGUGACGACAACAACGAGAACAACAACAACAACCCAGCCAGAACCCCGCGCGACAGGUCACGGUGCGCCUGCCCCUGCGUCGGGCUCUGCAACGACCCGACGAACCCCAUUUUCGACGGCCUCCCCGCCGACGCCAAAGACGUCGUCCGGGACCUCGGCAGGGUCUACAAAUCGUACCGCGCGUGCUGCGGGACGAAACGCGGCGCGGCGGCGGUGCCCGGGGACGACGGGCGUCUCCUCUGGCGGCUGAUGGGCAUCAUGCGGGCCGACGCGGACGUCCGGGAACAGAUCCGCAACGCGGACCGGGGCUACGCGCCGCGCCUCCUCCUGGCGUUCCGGAGGUGCCUGUGGGCCCGCCUCCUCUCGUGGGCGCAGGCGGUCGCGACGGUCGUCGGCGGGCUGCUCCACUGCGCGGCGUCCGUGCUGCCGGACGGGCGAUGGAAGCCGCGGAGGCCCGGGGCGCUGCCGCCGCAGCGGGCGGCGAUCGUGGCCCAGGACGUGCUGAUGCUGUGCGUGCUCUACCAGGCGUGGCGCGUGGUGAAGGUGUCCAGGGCGGCGCGGGAGGUCUGGGAGAUGGCCAACCGGUACACGCGGGCGUACUUUGUCGAGCGCGGGCUGCACCCGGAGAGGUCCAGGUGGUUCGGGCUCGACGGCGUGGACAUGAGGCUGCUGGGGACGUCGGACGACCCUGUGAUGGUUCCGCUCAGCACCGCCGUCGGCGACGGGAUGGGGAGUUGA